UCCCCUCCAUUAAAAUCUCUUCACUUCCCUCCGCUGAACCAAACGCUUACUACUGAGUCACAUUCGAAUCCGAAAUGCCGAAACGCACCAAAUCGGAAGAAGAGGGUACUUCAACAUCAUCAGAAUCGGAAUCGGAAUCAGAACAAACCGUACGGAACGGAAGUACCAUGUCAGAGUACGAGAAACAGAGACUGCAAAGAAUUGCGGAAAACCAAGCGAGAUUGAAAGCUAUGGGGUUACCCCAAAUGGUCACUUCAUUGAAAAAUUCAACUCCGAUUAAGAAGAAGAAAGGGAAAGAAAAGGUUCAAGAUGAUGAUGAAGAGUAUAUACCCGAAAACGAAGAAGAACGAGAACCCGAAUCAGAUUCAGAUUCUUCUAGUGAAGAACAACAUGAACAUGAUUCUGACUAUGAAAAUCCUUCUGGGUCACGGAAAAGAAAGGCAAAGAACAAAAGUUUGAAGGUGAAAAGUAGAGUAACUGGAAAGAAGCAUAGUGGUAAUUUAGAUUAUAUUGAUAAUGAAGACGAAGCUUUGAUGCAGGCAAUUGCUCUUUCCUUGCAAGAUUCUGCCGAAGCUUCAUUUUUCUCUAACAAGAAUGUAGGGAACAUCAGCAAGGCUGAGAAAAAUGAAAACGCUCAGGUUCAAGAAGAUAAGGGAAGAAAGAAGAACAAAAAAUCGUUUACUAGUCGGCUGCAAAUGACUGAGGAUGAACUCAUUGUACACUUCUUCCAACUUGAUGAAGCAGGAAAAGGAACUGUAACAAAAAGGGAUUUAGAAAGAGCAGCUAUAGCUCAUGAUUUUGCAUGGACAGACAAAGAGUUGCUUGAUAUGAUUCGUUGCUUUGAUAGUGAUAGAGAUGGAAAGCUAAGCCUUGAUGAUUUUCGGAAGAUUGUUGUUCGUUGCAACAUGAUAAAAGUCUCAGAAAAUUCUUGACAAGCUCAAGGAGGUGCCUGCUUUUGGGCUUGCAUUAUAACUACAACGUGAAAAUGUAAAUAUGAUUCAAACAGUAAAUGCCUAUCUUCACAUAUAAAUGAAUUUAGCUCGUCUAAAGCGAACAAACCACUUUAGAGGGAAAAUAAGCGAUGGUUGAUGGAAAAAAAAAAAAUUGAGAGAGAAAGAGGGAGGGAGAGAAGAAGGAGAAGAAAACCUAUAAUAUCAAAAGUAGACCUAGGCAACACAACUCCAUUGUUAGGCCUAACACAAUACUUCUUUGGAUUUGUAGUCUUAACCUGCCAAAAUACCAUCAAUUUCACUCCAAAUCAAAAUUAUAACUCUGCAUAACACGCAAUUUACAAAACAAACAUGCAACCAUUUACAAACUCAAAGAAAAAGAUGAAGAAAUAAAACUGAGUGGGAAAAGAAACAUAAAGAGUAAAUUAAUCAGAACCUUGAAAGCUACAUCAUUAUCUGACUUGUUAGACAACUGCAAAGAACAUGAUAUUUGCUUCCUCAAUUCAACUGUUUCACAAAGCCAAAGAAGGGAAGAAAAUUAAUAAAAAAUUAGAAACCAAAGACAAUAAAAAAAGCUGAAUUUUUGAAGCGAAGAGGCACUUACAGGGAAAUUGCAGCUCCUGAGGAUGUAUCUGGAUAUUGAAACUAUCUGAUUUAGUAAAUGUUUAUAAGCCCAAUAAAAUGAAGAAACAGAAGUGAAAAAACAACACACAAGAUAUCUGAAUCCAGUUCAGAAUCUAAGAAUGGAUUGAGUUCAAGGUUCAAUAAGCGAUGAAGGUAUAUAAGAUGCACUCAGUAAUGGCUGGGGAUUUAAAUCAGAAUUUGCAAGAAUGAUCAUCCUCUUUUGAGGUAAGGAACAAAAUUAAAGUAGAUACUAAUUAUUAUUGUAGGCAUGUUCUGGCCGGGAUCUGCACAGGGUCGUUCCGACACAGUAACGGGCCAGUUACCAAAUUAACCAGUAUUCCGUGCUGCAUAGAAAUUAUUGAGGAUAAAAGACAGAAAAUUCGACUUGGGGAAUGGCACGAUAUUCUUCUAAGUGACAGAUAAAUAUGUAGCAUAUGUAUAUAUAAUGUCACCUGAAGUGAAGUAUCCUGCUGUUCAACCUUGUUAUUGGAAGCUUUCAAAUCUUUAUCAGAUCCUUCUCGAACCUGGGAUGGUAGUUGAGGAGGAGCAAUAUAGACAACUCUUAAUUUGCACUCUUUAACCUCAUAGCAGGACUCUUUAUUAAACUACUUGCAAAGACAAAAGAAAUCGAUUAAACUAUGCCAUAUAUUUUAUUGUGUUUCUUUAA